AUGCUCGCUCGACUAUUUCUUCUUGCUGGUCUCGCCGUUGCGUCGGCGACGCCGAUUCGCCCAAGUGCGUGCUAUUCGCCUUUCCACCUCGACUCGUACCCGCUCCAGCCGUGGGAAGCUUUGGACGCGCCCGCGCUCGCCGCCGGCAUUAACGAGGACUUUGCCCAGAUGAAGCCGUACGUGCACACGGUCCGCACGUACUACUCCAAGUACCACUCGGUGGACGUGGCGCCGAUUGCCGCCGCCAACGGCGUCCCGGUGUACCUGGGCGUCUACAUGGUCCACGAGCCGUGGUACUGGCUCCAGGUGGCCGCUGCCAUCGACGGCGCCGUGGCUUACCCCGAGACCGUCCGCGCCGUCUUGGUCGGCAACGAAAACGUGGCUCCGUACGGUGACUUUGCGGCCGCGUACAUUGCCAACCAGGUGCAGCACAUCAAGUCCGAGGUCGCCAACCGCACCAACGGCUCGAUCGUCGUGCCCGUCGGCACCGUCCAGCGCAUCACCGAGUGGCUCAACCCUGCGAUCCGCACGGAGAUGCUUGCCCUCGCCGACGCUUGCGACGUCAUCGGCGUCAACAUCUACCCGUUCUUUGACAACGGUUACGACGCACUUGACCCGACGGCGCUCGUGACGGCGCUCUGGGACCAAAUGCUAGCGAUCUACCCCGCGCACAAGCUACGCCUCACGGAGACCGGCUACUCGACCGGCGGCCCGUCGCCGAGUGUGGCGCCCCGCGUCGUCCCGAGCCUGGACAACGCGAUCAAGUACUACAACGCGCUCAUGCAGUGGACGCCGUCUCGGGGCGGUGGCGACAUCUUCUGGUACUCCUUCUACAACUUGCGUGACGACGACACGACACAGCCGGAACCGCUCGAGAAGCACUUUGGCUACUUCAACGCCAACGGCACCGCCAAAGCCGCGAACUUUCCGAAGCCCCGCCGACACCGACGCCCGCUCCGACACCGGCUCCGACGCCCGCUCCGACGCCCGCUCCGACACCUGCUCCGACACCUGCUCUGA